CUACCCAAUGAGCGCGGCUCCGUUCCGCAUAAGAUACGCGGCCUGCUGCUGUUUUCGUCAGUGUAUGUCUUGUUGGUUCGCGUCAUUUGUGUUCUAAGCGUUUUUCAGUAUCGACGCGGAGCGUUCUAGAAUAAACCUGAGGAUGAAGCUAUUCAUGUUAUCACUUGCCAUUGUCCUCGUGUUGAUGUACGUGCAAAAGACCCAGGCGUUUAAGCUUAAAAAAUAUAAAAAGGCCGCGUUUGCCUACAUGCUUUUACAGGCUUCCAAACCUAAACUAGAACCAACGAUGGACAUGAUGAUGAUGAUGAACGGAAUGAUGAUGACUCCUAUGCCUGGCAUGAUGGUGCCAGCAAUGGAAAUGAAAGACCCUCUCGAAUCAGAAAUGCCCUGUCAUAUGACGGAAAAAGACAUCAAACCGAUGCCAGCAAUGAUAAUGAUGAUGGAUUAAGAGCGUACUGUACAAUAACAAUCUUCAUGUUAGUAAACAAACCUACCUCGCCUCUGUCAGCAUUGCAUACAAUAUAUACUCACUCAAAUCUAACCUAAACAAAAAUAAACCUGAAUUUUCUCUCUAACAGUUAAUAUAUUUAGGCGGUACACCUAAAUUUUCGUUCAAUUUACUUGGAAGACUCGUUGUCAUUCUUGUUUGUCAAAUCUUAUUUGUCAACGCUAGUGAACUACAUACAAAUUGCAACAUGGCCAUAAGAGAACGUACUUUCCUAUUCAAUUUUUAGAUAAAGCCAAACAGAAGAGUAACUCUUUGAUGAAGAUCUUGGUUUCUGUGAUGUCGAUGACUGCACCUGCGAAGACAUCUAUGCCACUUGUUUUAUAAAUGUUGUUGUCUUCUGACGUUAUAAAUAAAUACUUUCAUUAUCGCAAUUUUUACUCAA